CUCCAGAAACCUUCACGAGCGUAGAAGCAUCUUUUCUACCGAACACCUAACCUGCCUCCACGCAGAAAUUCCUACUCUUCCACCCCACUUCUCCCGACGCAGACAGCCUCGCUGCUUUUGCUCUUGAUCCCAGAUCCCCCAACUCCUCGCUCGCUCGCGUCCUCCUCCACCUCCCUCCCUAACUCCGCACCACCCCACCGCCCCGCAGCCACCACUCCCCUCCCACUUCCGCGCUCCCGCAAUUCGCAUCGGCGACCCCCCGCCCCGCCCGGCGGCGGAGACAAGAGUGGACCGAGCAGCGCGGUGGUGGGCGCAGCCAUGCUCCACAAGUUCGCGCUCGCGUUCAAGACCAAGACCAUCGAGUUCUUCGCCGAGGAGGAGGAGGAGGACGAGGACGCCGACAGAUUCGCGCCCUCUCCCGCGGCGGGGGCGGAUGGCGUCCUGGCGGGGCAGCGGGUGGUCGUGCUGAAGCCCGACCCGAUGAACCCUAGCCCUAGCGCGGACGGGGUGGGGGAAUGGGAGGCGGCGGGUUCCGAGGUGGAGGCGGCCGUGGAGGCGGCGCUCGCGACGGCGUCCUCGUUCCAAGCGGCGUACCUGCACCUGCAGGCCGCGCACGCGCCGUUCCUGCCGGAGGCGGCGGCGGCCGCGGACGCCGCCGCGGUCUCGCACCUCCGGAGGCUGUCGGAGCUCAAACGGCUCGCGAGGGGCGAGCCGGCCCCACCCGGGCCGGAGGGUACCCUCACGGCGCACCUCGAGGCCCAGGUGCGCGAGAACCAGGCACUGCUACGGUCCUUCGACGCCGUGGUGAACCGCCUCCAGGCCGCGCUCGACGCCAAGGACGCCGCGGCCGCCUCGCUGCGGCGGGAGCACGAGGCGCUCGACGACGGCAACGCGCGGCUCGCGGCGCGCCUCGACCGCGCGCUGGCCCCGCCGCCGACGGGAGCAGGCUGCGGUGGCGGGGACGCCGUCGGCGCCAUGCUGUCCGCGAGCGUAUUCGACUCUGUCCUCCGCGACGCGCUCCGCGUCGCCCACCGCUUCGCCCGCGCGCUCGCGGAGGUCCUCCGUUGCGCGGGAUGGGACCUGGCCGCGGCUGCAGCGGCUGCAUACCCCGACGUCUGCUACUCCAAGCCCGGUCACUGCCGCUACGCCCUCCUCUCCCGCGUCUGCCUCUCCAUGUUCGACAGCUUUGACUCCUACCAAUUCGGCAGCACAGCUGACACUGCCACACUUCAAGGAAUCGAGCUUGCUAUCCGUCAGAACGAGUCAUUGCAGCAAUUCAUCGAGCACUCAGAUGCAGACCCCAUGGAGCUCAUGCAUUCAAGCCCCGAUUGCGAAUUUGCCCAAUUUUGUGACCGUAAGUACAAACAGCUGAUCCAUCCUGGCAUCGAAUCCUCACUCUUUGGGAAUUCAGACUGUGGGACGUUGCCAGUGAUGGGUGUGGCCGGCCCACUCUAUGAGCUGUUCAUUGCAAUGGCAAGCUCAAUUUGGACGCUCCACAGGUUAGCCUGGGCGUAUGACCCGGCGGUCGGCAUAUUCCAGGUCGGCCAGGGCACAGAGUACUCGUCGGUGUACAUGGAGAACAUUGUCCGGUCGAAGGGUUUUUCAGGGAGCAGGGAGCUUGGGAAGCUGCUGCGACCGAAGGUCGGGUUCACAGUGGUGCCAGGCUUCCGGCUCGGCGGGACAGUGAUCCAAUGUAGGGUGUACCUAGAUUGUCAGAAGAGGGAAGAAGGAAUUAUAGAUUUGAAAUGAAGGGAAACAAUAUAGUCAAAAUAGAAACUGUACAUUUGGAAAGAAAAGGAGGUUGUGUAAAGGCGAUCAAGAACAGUGUGUCGAAAUAACCUCGCAGGAUCAAAGUCGCUGCUGGAUGAUCAGUAUAAAUAAAAGGCGAUCAAGAACAGUGUAUCGAAAUAACCUCACAGGAUCAAAGUCGCUGCUGGAUGAUCAGUAUAAAUAAAGCUAUUUAUCUUUUGUUUUAGUUUUUGUUCGGCUGAUAGGGGAUGUUUGUAGUGUUGUACAAAGGUCAUCAGAUUCAGAGAGCUUUGUGUUCUAACAUUGUCGAAGAUUUAUCAUCUAAUCUUUGGUAACUUAUUUGUGUGUAAUUUGAUUCAAUCUGUAAGUGUAUAUUUAUGAUCCUGUGCUCGUCAA